AUGUAUUUAUUUAGAGAUUUCGACGCCCUUAUCGUGCGCAGCGCCACAACUGUGACGGAGGAGUUAAUUAGCCGAGGAACUAAACUCAAAGUCAUCGGGCGGGCUGGAGUUGGCGUCGACAACAUUUGCCUCGAGGCGGCCUCCGCCCGAGGCAUUUAUGUUGUCAAUUCCCCACAGGGCAACACCAUAGCAGCAGCAGAGCUGGCGCUGGGGCUGAUGCUGGCUCUUUCUCGGAAAUUGACUUUGGCGGAUUUGUCUGUCUCCGAAGGCAAAUGGGAGCGCAGCAAAUUCAAAGGGGCUCAACUCCACAGAAAAACCAUCGGCAUUGUUGGCCUGGGACAGGCGCGCCUAGGGUUUAGGGUGGGCUCGUACAUUGCCCGCGUCUGCGGCUGCAUGGAAAUGAGGGUUUUGGCCUUCGACCCUUUCGUAAACGAGGCCAAGGCCAAGUCCCUGGGAGUCCACAUAGUCUCUUUUGAAGAACUUCUUGCGAAGAGGGGCGUGGUGGACGAGGAGGCGGUGGCAGCAGCAGUUGCUGCGGGGCGUUUGGGGGGCGCAGCAUUAGAUGUGUUUGAAGUGGAAGCAGCUUUAGCAGCAAACUGUUCUCUUCUUGCUGCUAAGAGAAAAGGAGCCAAUCUCAUUCUCACUCCCCACAUUGGCGCCAGCACGCAAGAGGCCCAAGUUAACGUCUCUGUAGAUGUGGCGAUGCAAAUCAAAGAAAUCCUCAAAGGGCAUCUCCCAACUGCUGCAGUCAAUCUCCCAAGCAUCCGCAUUAGUGAUGUCUCGAAAGUCACCAAAUAUAUUCAGCAUGCAGAAAUGCUCGGGCGCCUGGCGAGCCAGCUGUUGAUACACCCCAUGGACAGCUUGCGGCUGAAGGUUUCGGGAGAUUUGGAAAAUGAACAACUUGAUGUGCUGCUGCUGGCAGUGGCCCAGCAGCAGCAGCAGCAGCAGCAGCAGCAGCAGCAGCAGCAGCAGCAGCAGCAGCAGCAGCAGCAGCGGUAA